AUGCCGAAAGCGACCACCGUGCUCUUUCUCCUCGUCUUAUUCUUUGUGUGCCUCUCGUCGUCGGGCGUCUACGCGUUCGGAGCAGGAAACAUCCCCUCGUUUUCCUACUCCGAAGGCCGCGCGUUCCGGCAUGGAGACAUCGAAGAUGCGCUGAGCGAAUUGAUCAAACGCGGGAGUGGCGGGGGCUUUGCGCUUGCCAAUAUGCUUUCGAAGGGAUCCAAAUUCGGAGGGUUGGAUGUUAAACGCGUCUACUUUGGCAAUUGGCUUCGGGACUAUAGUCAAGCUAUGGAUAUUGCGGCUCUCAAGAAGGUUCAGCCACAGACCAUCCUCAACCUCUGCAUGGUUCUGGGCUUCCUCGCUCAUGGAUAUGCCACUGCCGAGUUUGAAGUCACCUUUGAACGACUGGGCGUAUAUCUUCCAACCGAACACAUAGACAACCCUAAAGGCUAUGGAGAGGGCGAAGAUCCACGCAAAUAUCAUCCCCAGUUGAGAGGACCUGUCGAUGCAUGUCUAACAACACCAGUUGAGCUUGAGAUAGACCCUCGAACGGGUAUGAAGAACUAUAUCGCCAACGAAAACGGUCACUGGGACACAUCCAAAGCAUUGGUGCGGAGAACACUAGACCAAUGCGUCCAUUUUGGUCGCCAACAUCGCUCCUCUGGGCGAAAAGAAGAUGAAUACGAGGCAUACCGGCUUCUUGGUCAACUCCUCCAUACUUUGGAGGACUUUUCUGCGCAUUCCAAUUUCUGUGAGCUCUCGCUCGUUUCGAUGGGAUACCAGGAGGUGUUUGUCCAUGUCGGCGAUCAAGUUCGUAUCCAGUCGCCCCAAGGAAAGUGGGUUGCACCACUUGUAACCGGCUCGUUCGGAGGAAAUGACUUCAUCCAUUCGUUACUUGGAGAAGCUGGCGACCAUUUGAGUCAAGCGUCAGUCUCCGAUCUAAACAAAGAGCUCGAGAAAGCUCGCGCAUCAAACACUCGUUCAGGACCGGGUGGACCUAGCAACACUUUGCGGGAUCUGCUCUUCUCGAUUCCAGGAGGCGGAGGAACUGAAAUGUCGAGAGAGAUGGAGGGUAUCGAGCGAAUUCGUGCGGGACCCUCGCAAGGCGGCAAGCGGCCUGAAGAUAUGACUCCACAAGAGUUGCACAGUGUUCUAUGGCAGGUACUGAGUUUCCGCGACUCAAUCUCCAAGAAAAUUUCGAACACGAUCGAAAAGAUUCCCGGUCUUGGCCCGCUCAUUGACAAGCUCAUGGAUUCGAUCUCUGUCUUCGUUUUUACCACCCUCGAACCCUUCCUCCGUCCGCUUAUGAAGACGGCAACCACGCAACUCUCAUCUGUUUCGGCCGAGGUCAUUGAUUCACACGACCAAUACCAAGUUUUCGAUGACCCUCGCGCGUCGGACCCUACACACUCAUUCUUGAGCAAAGAUCAUUUUAAUCUGCUUCUGAACGAGCCUGCUGGUCACAUUGCACGACUUAUUGUGAUCCAUACGGUGACGCUGGUGGUCAAGGCUUGGGAUGAUAACUCUGUGAAUGUGCACCACAUGAGCGAAGAAAUCCUGUCCUGCUUAUUUCACCCUGAUUUCCACAACCCGCAGUCGAAGAUCCAGCGCGAGAUGAUGCAACACAUGCGGACAUGGGUGGAGGGACUUGGUGGACGACGCACGACUGUUAUUCAACGGCUGACCAAGAACGCUGUGCGCAACCACCAGAACGUGCGCCUUGCCGGGGAGGGCGGCAAAAACGAGGCAGAGGGCUCGUUCGCUGCUGGCCAAGCACAUCAAUUCCAGAACUACCUCGCUGGCCAGGCACAAGGGAAGAUUCCGGGUGUUGCUCAGGCCGCGGCACUCUUUGGGUCUGGCGGUGGUGGUGGGCAUGGCCGUCGGGAUAUGCCGGGAGGAAGUGGUGGUGGUGAAGCAAACACAUUCUUUGGUGGUAGCGGUGGAGCUCCUCCUCCCGUUGCUGCUCAUGGUAAUCACGGCCACGGCCACGGCUCGCCGGGCUACCCAGGCCAGUCGCAGCAACCUUCCUAUGGAGCACCUCCCGGACCACCUCCGUCUUUCCCGGGCCAGCAGCCAACCGGGUCGUAUGCACCAUCGUAUUCUCCGCCUGCGGGGUAUGGCGGUGCGCCAUCAUUCCCUGGUGGGCCGGAUCAAUAUGGGAAUGCGCCGCCAUCAUUCCCCGGAUCUGGUCCUAGUUUCCCCGGAUCAGCGCCGAAUUUCCCUGGGGGCCCCGGACCGGGUUUCCCCUCGUCGGGUCCCAGCUUCCCUGGUGCUGAGGGUUAUGGCGGGCCUCCCCAGUUCCCGAAUGCGCAGGGUGGAGGGUACCCACAAGGACCAUCGUAUGGCCAGGGGUGGUAG